AAGACACACACACACACAUACACAAAUGCAUAUAAUCUCAUUCUGAACAACCAAACACACAGAGUGCAAUGGACAGCGUGUUCAUGAAGCAAAAAAAGUUUAUCUACCAUUACAAAAAUUUACGUUGGGCCAAAGGUCGCCAUGAAACAUAUUUGUGUUACAUUGUUAAACGACGGAACAGCCCAACAUCAGACUCAUUUGAUUUUGGAUUUCUGAGGAAUCGAUCAGGAUGCCAUGUUGAGGUCCUUUUCCUAAAGUACAUGAGUGCCUGGCAGAUUUACCCAGGGCGCAGUUACUCAGUUACCUGGUUUUGUUCUUGGUCACCAUGUUAUGACUGUGCUCAGCAUCUUGCAGACUUCCUCAUUCAGUAUCCUAAUCUGCGGUUGCGCAUUUUUGCUGCACGAUUGUACUUCUGUGAAGAAAAUAAUUCUGAACCUGAGGGACUGCGAAGACUCCAGGCUGCAGGGGCACACAUUGCAGUGAUGACUUUCAAGGACUAUUUUUAUUGUUGGCACACCUUUGUUGCUAGUCGGGAUCGAAAGUUUAAACCUUGGGAAGGUUUAAAUGAGAACUCUAUUCGACUUUCAAGAAAACUAAAACGCAUCCUUCAGCCAUGUGAUGAAGUGGAAGAUCUAAGAGAUGCCUUCAAGCUACUUGGACUCUAAAAGGAACUUGGACAUAUUAAACAUUUUUAGACAAAUUUAUGCUCUUUCUUUAGCUCCUAGAUAAAGGAACAGCUUUCAUGAACAGACUUUUAACUAAGUUUAUAAUUGAA